UCAUUACAGUUGGAAAAUGGUAUUAACAUUUAGCUUGAUUAUUUCUGCCCUAGCAAUUCUUGUUGGAUCUGUAGAAUACAUUUCCAUAAAUAAAGGCUACACAUUUAAUUCAACAUGCCGAAAUUCAUUUGAAUGCAGGGGAAAGCUUAUAUGUUUAGAGAGUACCUGCCGAUGCAGUAUAGAACUUAUAUGGAAUGGAACCAAUUGUAUAAUGAGACAAAUGGCCGGUAUGCAGUGUACUUCUCAGAUUGAAUGCCAAGAUGACCUACUUUGCGUGGAAGAAAUAUGUUCAUGUCAUGAAACACAUUACAUGAAGGACAAACAAUGCAUCAUAAGAAAGCAGUCAAACGAACUGUGUAGUACUACAGAAGAAUGUCUGUCUACAUUAGUAUGCCAUCGUCACAUAUGCCAGUGUAUAUCGUCGGAUUAUUGGAAUGGCACGAUAUGUAAACUGAGGAGAGAAAUGAACUUCUCAUGUGAAAAUCGUCUUCAGUGUAAGGAAACACUAGAUUGCAGAGAAAAUUCCUGUCAGUGUCAUGACACAGACUACUGGGACGGCGUCUACUGUGUAAAUAGGAAAACAGCAGGAACGCCAUGCAAAUCCCAGAAUGAAUGCCAAUACGACUUUCGUUGCUUAAACGAGUUUUGCAAUUGUCAGAUGUUAGAAUAUCUGGAUGAAGAUAAGUGUUUUCGACGAAAAGAUUACAAAUCUCCAUGUAAUGCUACAGCUCAAUGCAAAGACACGUUAACAUGUUUUGACGAGAAAUGCCAAUGUGAAAAGUCAAAGUAUUGGAAAGGGAAUGUUUGUGUACAAAGACGAUAG